AGGAAGCCCUCCACUUGCUCCUCUUCUGCUUUCUAUCCUUCAGCCAUCUCCCUUCUAAAAGACUUCGAGCUGUGUCCUUCCCUGUCUUCAUGCUGUCUGGCUCCUGUGUCCUCGUGUGAGUCCACUGAAGGAAGGUACUGCCCUGAAGGAGUGCAGGCAUGGCAGGCAAUGCAGCAGACAGUGCUAACCACCUGUCCUACUUUUUUGGCAACAUCACUCGGGAAGAGGCUGAAGACUACCUGGUCCAGGGGGGCAUGACCGAUGGACUCUACCUGCUACGCCAGAGUCGCAAUUACUUGGGAGGCUUUGCCCUUUCUGUGGCCUUCUCCAGGAAGGCACACCACUACACCAUUGAAAGGGAGCUGAAUGGCACCUAUGCCAUCUCGGGUGGCAGAACCCAUAGCAGCCCAGCUGACCUUUGCCACUACCACUCUCAGGAGCCUGACGGCUUAGUCUGCCUUCUCAAAAAACCCUUCAACCGACCUGCAGGGGUGCAGCCCAAGACUGGGCCCUUUGAGGACCUGAAGGAAAACCUCAUCAGAGAAUAUGUGAAGCAGACCUGGAACCUGCAGGGCCAGGCACUGGAACAAGCAAUCAUCAGCCAGAAGCCCCAGCUGGAGAAGCUGAUUGCUACCACGGCCCAUGAGAAGAUGCCUUGGUUCCACGGGAACAUCUCACGGAAUGAAUCUGAGGAGCUUGUGCUGAUAGGAUCAAAGACAAAUGGGAAAUUCUUGAUCAGGGCCAGAGACAACAAUGGUUCCUUCGCACUGUGCCUGCUGCAUGAGGGGAAAGUGCUGCACUAUCGCAUCGACAAAGACAAGACUGGGAAGCUGUCCAUCCCUGAAGGGAAGAAGUUCGACACGCUCUGGCAGCUGGUGGAGCACUAUUCUUACAAGCCAGAUGGUUUGUUGAGAGUCCUUACCGUACCAUGCCAAAAGAUUGGCGCACGAACGAGUCACCCGCGGAGUCUAAGCGCCAGUUCCGUGGUUUCUUCAGCGAGAUCUAUACUCAGCCAUUUGAACCGGAAGUCCCAAAGCUCCAGAUCCCAAGGGAGCCGGCCAGAGAGCGCAUCAUUCAAUCCCUACGAGCCUGCAGAAGGAGCCUGGGCCUCUGACCGAGGCCGGCAGAGAGAAGCCCUGCCCAUGGACACGGAGGUGUAUGAGAGCCCCUACGCUGACCCUGAGGAGAUCCGUCCCAAAGAAGUCUACCUCGACAGAAACCUGCUGACACUGGAUGACAAUGAACUGGGCUCUGGUAACUUUGGGACUGUGAAGAAGGGCUACUACCAAAUGAAAAAAGUCGUGAAAACUGUGGCUGUGAAAAUCCUGAAGAACGAGGCGAAUGACCCCACCCUGAAGGACGAGCUGCUGGCUGAGGCGAACGUGAUGCAGCAGCUGGACAACCCCUACAUCGUGCGCAUGAUCGGCAUCUGCGAGGCUGAGUCCUGGAUGCUGGUGAUGGAGAUGGCUGAGCUCGGUCCCCUCAACAAGUACUUGCAGCAGAACAGGCACGUCAAAGAUAAGAACAUCAUAGAACUGGUCCAUCAGGUUUCCAUGGGAAUGAAGUAUUUGGAGGAGUGUAAUUUUGUGCACAGAGACCUGGCUGCAAGAAACGUGUUGCUGGUCACUCAGCACUAUGCCAAGAUCAGUGACUUUGGUCUUUCCAAAGCGCUCCGUGCUGAUGAAAACUACUACAAGGCUCAGACUCAUGGAAAGUGGCCCGUGAAGUGGUAUGCGCCUGAGUGCAUCAAUUACUACAAGUUUUCCAGCAAGAGUGAUGUCUGGAGCUUUGGGGUGCUGAUGUGGGAAGCAUUUUCCUAUGGACAGAAGCCAUAUCGAGGGAUGAAAGGCAGUGAGGUUACCGCCAUGUUGGAGAAAGGAGAGCGGAUGGGGUGCCCUGCAGGGUGCCCGAGAGAGAUGUACGAGCUGAUGAACCUGUGCUGGACAUAUGAGGUGGAGAAGAGGCCAGGAUUUGUAGCUGUGGAACUGCGGCUGCGCAAUUACUACUAUGAUGUGGUCAACUGACAGUGUGGGGGUGUGUCCAUGGCCACGUCAGAUCAGACGAGCAAUCACAGCAAGCAUGUUUAGAUGAACUGUCUUUCGGUGUUUCUGUCUGCUCGUGUCCCUGAGGACAGCUUGCCACUGGGGAACAUGUGAGCAUCUUGCUAAGCAAAACCUGUGCCAAGAGCCUCCUUAGAGCAAGCCCAGCACCACAAGAUAGACAGGCUGCAGGACUACAGACCUGGGACUCACCUUAUUUUUUUUUAACAAUAUUUGUGUGAUUUUUCAUGACAGAUCACUUAGGAUUUGAUUCCAGAUUCAUUGUGUUGUUCUAGAACAAGGCCCAUGGAGUGUGCACAGGCCUGAAUCAGGACCUGGUGAUAGGGGCACUCACCCACUCAGCACCCAAGGAUUCAUCUGGCAGGUGACUCUUUACAUGCAGGGAGGGCAUGAAUGGGAGCAGGCCGGAGGAACCAGCAAGCUUGAUGCCUGGACUCAGAAACUCUGUCCAGAUGAAAAAGUAUUAUGGGACAUAAAUAAAAGAAAGUAAAACCA